AUGCCGCAUCCCGAAGGCGUCGGAAUUUCCAGAAUGUUGCCACCUCAUGCACUUUGUCUACGACGCGCUUGGGAUCUACCUCUGAUCAUACGCAUCUUGUAUACUAAAAUGGUGAAACAAGAUUCGUCGAAUCUGAAACAUUGGUUCCGGCUGCUACACUUUCGAUUCCUAGAAAAACGGGAAAGUGGAACAUACAACCAAGCCUUGGAGGUGAAAGCAUGUUCAGUUUGUUCAGAGAUUGGAUCAUACACUGUCCACCUCUCGGUCACUUCCACUCAGCAAAGAGCUAGGGAAACAGAGCUAUGUGAGACAGAUGGUCUUCUGGCAAGCGGAUUAUAUGACCAAACCAGCGCAAACUAUGGAGCGUCACGUAUACAAAGUGCACAGGACGGCAGCAGGAAUAGUAAUAAGAAUAAUAAUUGUUCAGCUGUAACACUCUUCCGGUGCCUAACUGCCAUGCUACCCGAGGGAAGCACGAGGGUUGGGAUGCUGCCAGGUUACCCAAGCCUAGACAGGGGAAGUCGAGAAGCAGAGGUCGGGUUCGAACGACAGACCUUCCGAUCACCCCACGAAUGGCGAAACCGGUCGAGGGCUGUCGACGAAUUUCCAGCAACCUUAAAAGUAGUGUUUAAAAAGGCGUUCAGCUGUAACACCCUUCCGGUGCCUAGCUGUCAUGCUAUCCGAAGGAAGCAAGAGGGCUGGGAUACUGCCAGGUUGUCCAAGCCCAGACAGGGGAAGUCGACAGGCGGAGGUUUAGUUCGAUCCACGGACCCUCCGUCAGGAACAAAAGCUGAGUUAAACAUAAAAGAGUGGGGACCGCGUGAUCCUCAUUGUGCCUGGUUGGAGACACUACAAGAUAUGGCUGCCAACCGAUGUCAGUGGCGCUCUUGUUGUCAGUUUCUGUCCAGAUUGCCUGACAUUGACAGCAUGACAUCAGUGUUCAACACUGACGCUUCGCUGCCGUACAACCAUGAUUUAUUUGAAAGCUUUAUUGUGAAGAAAAUAAUGAAGCCCAACGCAUCUUCUGGUGACGGACACAUUCUUCAAUGGGGUCUCCUCUACGCAACCGAAAACUCGCUUUCGAAAUGCCUCGUUAGGAAUUCGCUGACACCAUCCCACACGAGUUAUGGUCCUGAGACAGAGAUUGUCGAACACAUGAAGAUGUCUCAGUUCCGCUGCUCGAAUAGGUCAAGUCUCACAGCCAUACAACAAAACAGCCCAUAUUGUAGCCUGACACACGAGUCCCUUGAGACACCACAGGUGUCCCGAAUCAGCCAAAGCGACCCAAGCCUUGUGGAUCUCAUCUGUCACACUAUAAUGAGAAAUAAUACGACUUCCAAGAUACGUAAAGCGCUUCACAACUUUGUGUGCUUCUCCCUGGAACGUAAGUGGCGUGUUCAGUGA